ACCCUUACUAAUAACAUUAAUUUGAUAAUAUCAUUCACAGCAAUAUAUCACCAGUUUUACUUUUAUAUGUAGCAAGGCCUAUUGUCUACUCUCACUGUAUGGUAGCCUACAUACCUAAUACUAACUCCUAUGACGGCCUCAUUCAACAAUGUUACAUUAAUACACUUCAGCAGGGACCAUAAACUAUAACUGAGUAAAACGCUUUCUAUUGGGUGGCACAUGGGGAGGUGCUUUGGUCGGUAUGGAUCCACUGUCAGAGAUAGUGAUUUUUUUCUUUCUCUAGCUAACAUAGUUUCUGCUGACCUGAGGUAAGCCUGUCACAGAUUCAGUCAUGCCUGAGCCAGAGACACAAUCCCUGAAGCGGGUGGUGCGCAAGGAGGAUAAGCUGCUAAAGACAAACAUGGAGUGGUUUUGAGAAACCUAAUUGUGUAUUGGGGCUGUUUGAUAAGGGCCUCGGGAAGAUUGUUUACACACCAUGACAGACAAAAGCACCCCAAUCCAACGCGACGCCGAGGGCACACGGAAUAACUCCACCAUGCCAUCCGGCGCCACCACCACUCCACCAUGAAAUUACCUUCUUUGUCUUGGCAAUUCUGUGCCCUUGUCUGUGCCAGCGCAUUAACUUCUCUGGUCAUCCUGAAGCUGCUCGCCUACGUCACCCAAGAGGAGUCGCCGCCGCCGCUUGUCCUGAAGCAUUGGGAUUCGGGGCCUAAUCCUACAGCGGCCCGUCGGGGGAGUCGACUGCCUUCACGCCGACACAAGCGCAGGGGCAUCGGCUUCGAGACGCUCUGGCGGGUAGAUCAAAAGCCGCCCGAGUGCCCGGGAGAUCUGCUGGUGGUGAUUCUGGUCACGUCGUCCCUCUGGCACACCGAGCAGAGAGACGCCAUCCGCAAUACUUGGGCACAGAAGCCGAGAGAGGUCGCUGCUGCUGCUGCUGCUGCUGCUGCGGACUACCGUUGGCGAGUCGUGUUUCUUGUGGGCCAACCUGUCGAGUCGGGCGUCUUCCCGCACAUCGCGCAGGAGCAGCAGGACUACGGGGACAUACUGCUGGGCAACUACGAGGACUGCUACCGCAACCUCACCCUAAAGGUCAUGCACGGCCUGUGGUGGGCGUCCGAGCACUGCAGGCCUCGCUUCGUCCUCAAAACAGACGACGACUGCUUCGUCAACACCUACUACCUGCCUCGCUACCUGACUGAGUUCAACCAGGACAGCGCCGGGGUGUACGUGGGCUCUGUGUUCCACCUGGGCAGGAGGCACGUCAUCCGGGACCAGCGCAGCAAGUGGUACGUCUCCAAGGACGACUUCCGCGAGCAGGAGUACCCGCCGUACGCCAGCGGGAUCGGCUACGUCCUGUCCCUGGACGUGGCGCGGGAGAUGGUGGAGGCGGCGCGGGACGUGCCGCCUGUGCCCAUGGAGGACGCCUACGUGGGCGUGCUGGCCCGCGAGGUGGGCGUGACGGUGAGGGACAGCGGCCGCUUCGCCAAGCACAACGUGAACUGGAGGGUGUGCAACUACAGGUACCUGAUGGUCAUCCAUCAUCUGGACGCGGGGCAGCUGAGGGAGGCCCAGCAGAAUCGGCUCAAGGCCCAGGGCCGCGCCUGCAACCACACCAGAGAAAUCACCGGCUGGUGA